AUGUCCAUUAAUUCGCUUGAGACACGAAUUCAAGAAAAUAGAAAAUUUCCAGUUCCAUUGAAAAGCGAAUCCUACUUUCACCAUCAUCAACCAAUAAAAUUUCACGCGAUAAUUGAAGGAACUCCUCUAAUACUAUCCGCAGAGGCUGGUGAAAUAUUUCUUACGGAUAAACGACUUAUAUUCAUUGCACGAAAACCUUCUCCGAUUGAUGAAUUUGAAACUUUUCAUAUAAUGUUGGGAGAUAUUACUUCAUCCAUAUUAUUUCCUUCCAAGAAGGAUACUUUUUCUGUGAGCGUUACAAUGAGAAGUGGAAUUGAGGUUAUAAUGUCGUUUUCUUAUGAGAAAAUUCAUUUGGAAGAUAAAAAAAUUUUUGAGGCGUAUUAUGGGAUGUUGAUAGCUCAGGAAAAUAAAGGGGAUAAUAGUAGUAAUGAUGAUAAAGAUCCUUUAUUACAAUCCUCCGCUAUAUUUGAGCAUUUGAUCCUUAAAUCAAACAGAGAAUCGGUUCUUGAAUCUGAUUUCAUGUAA